AAGACAAAAUGGCCAAGUAAAAACAGCGAUAUUUUUGUGGAGAUCUUCUCCAUGAUAUAUAUGAUUUGAGAUGUCGCUGGAAAACUCACAGGAUAUUUCUGAAGAGGCAACCGCACCUUCAGAUAUUUUGCCAUUAUUUUUCACAAGUAAAACACAGGAGAUAUUCGGUUGUGUUACUGAUGAACUUGUCACCGCCGAAAAUCCGUUCAAAAUCAUAGAAAAGAAAUUAAUUCUGCAGGAUUUCAAGGAUCGAGCGGCUGUUUCUGACUUUCAUCCAGCAAAGGCGAUUGUACAGGAAUAUCCUGGUGAAGAAUUGUUAGUUGUCUAUGAUGCUGAAUUCAAGUAUGGACAAAAUUUUUAUUUAUGCACCACUGAAGAAUGCAAAGAAAGAAUUUUGCAUCCUGAAGUGUCAGCUGAAGGCGAACAUGAAAUAGGUACAGAAGAAGAAGGCGGAACACAAGAAGAAGAUAUUGUUGUAUGGAAAGGACCAGUAACACCUAGACCUUGGGAAUCUUUUGGUAGUGAACUUGAGGUUCAAGAACUAAAUGUUGUUGAAGCAAGAGAGAGGAUAAAAAUUCGUAUUUGGCGCAAACGCAGAGAAUUUGGCGCUCCUAUUAAACUUUCUGAUCACUCUGAAAAAACAAUGAAAGAUGCUAUUGUCGAGUGUCUUCCCUUCGAAGAUAAAUGUUAUAGCAUGAAGAAACUGAUUUUGGAUAAAGGAAGUCAGGCAAUUUUACGACAAGAAGAAAAAGGCUCACAGACUAAGUGGAAAAAACCUCGAAAUGCUUGGGUGCAAUAUGAAGCAAGAUUUUUCCCUGACAAGGAAAGAAUUCAGGAAGAGAAAUCACCAAGUUUACUGGAAUUUAUCAAGAAUGUUACACCAAGGUUUGAGUUGGCUCUGCAACAAAACGAAAUCAUGGAUGUGUUUUAUGAUGAUUAUCUUAACUUGGGUGACGAUGAUGACGCUUUUGGAUCGAAAGCAGAUAGUUGUAUAAAGGAGUACCAGUCAUUUACGGACCUGUUGUACAGUAAAGAAAAAGUCAUUACUCAUGCUGAAUGGCAUCCUACAGCUAAAGGUAUAAUUGCUGUUUCAUGUUCAGAACAAAUGUCUUUUGAUGAAAGGGUAGAGCAAGCUUCAAGGAUUAUCAUGACACCCUCUUUAAUAUUAAUCUGGAGUUUCUCUGAUCCAAUACACCCUCAGCUUCUAUUGGAAGCUCCUGACGACAUUUUUAUUUUCAAAUUUAAUCCAUCAGAGCCUACAAUCAUUGCCGGGGGAUGUGUCAAUGGACAGGUUGUAUUGUGGGAUUUCAGUAAUUGGAAUGAUCGCUUACUUAGUCAUCGACAAACGUUGAAGGCAAAAAAGAAUACAAUGACGUCACUGCCCGGAUUUGAGGACGAUACAAGCACAGAAACUCCGAUUGUUCGUUACUGCGCUGUUACAGCAAUUGAACAUAGUCACAAAAGUGCUGUUUCAGACCUGCAAUGGAUUCCUGAUCACAUGGAAAUUGGCAGAAUGGGAGUUGUUGUUGAGAACAAAUCUAAUUAUUGUCAUCAAUUAAUGACUUGUGCUGCUGAUGGAAGUAUAUUAUUUUGGGACACAAGACCAAAUAAAUCUGCUCAUCAUAGUCAACUUAUGUCUCCUAUAAAAUCUCCUAUUACUCCAAAUCCAAAUACUUUGAAGCAAUUGGACUUGACUUGGAAAUAUAUUCUCAAGAUAACAGUUGGUCAUUUAACUGUCGGGGAAUUUUGUCCAACAAAAUUCAGCAUAGCCGAGAAACAUGGUGAUCGAUCGUCGAGUAUGCAACCGGAUAACGAUGUCGAUGCAGACUUGAACCUAAAUAGAACGGUGUCCAUGACUGGCAAAAGAGAUCAAGGAAAAAUAUUAGAAAAUAUUCCAACAUUAAUGUUUGUUGGUACCGAAAGUGGUGACGUCGUUUAUAUGGAUUGGAAAUUAUCAAAAGACAGCGACAGUGGCAGGUUUAUAGCGAACAAGCCACAGUUGGUUUUGGCUGCUCACGAAGGUCUCGUGUGCGCCCUUGUACGGUCACCUUUCUUUAAGGACAUUCUUUUAUCUGUUGGUGGUUGGACAUUCACAAUAUGGAAAGAGGGUGUAUCUACUGGUUCAUUACUUGAGUCAGCAUCAUCUCCUGUUAGACUUACCGCAGGAGCAUGGAGUCCUACGCGACCAGGUGUAUUUUUUGUUACUCGUGCAGAUGGCAACGUGGACGCAUGGGAUUUAAUGGAUAAGUCACAUGAACCAUCGUUAACACAGAAUGUAACUGCUGCUUGUAUUACAUGUUUAAGUCCUUUUCAAGUUUCGAAAAAACAGCAGUUAUUGUCAGUUGGCGAUAAUGUGGGAACACUGCACAUUUUGGAAGUUCCAUGGAAUUUACAUCGACCCGCCAUUAAUGAGAAAAAUAUCAUCGAGAAUUUCUUCGACCGUGAAGUUUCACGACUCGCGUUUGUUGAAGAACGAAGAAAAACACGCGCCUUGGAAAUAACGAAAAACAAAGAUGACGAAAAACCUAAAAAGCAAACAGUUGACACGAGGAAACUUAUUGAAGCGCAAGAAAAUGAAUGGGAGACUAAAGCGCGUCAGGAAUAUGAAAAAUACCUAAACAUGGAGAAAGUUUUUCUGCAAGAUCUUGGUUUCCUUCAAGACGACAGUGACAUUUAAAAGGACUUUUAUCUUUUGUAUCUUUUAGUUAAAAGAUGUUUGUAUUUGUACAUGUUAGAUGGUAGCUUUCAAAUAUUUUAAAGGGUAUGACAUCCAAAGAGACAAGGUGGUUAGAUUCAAUACUCACUAGAAAUUCAAAAAUUAAUAUUUAUUGUAGUUUGUGUUUGAAAAAAUCAAGAUUUACUGUAUUUUGAUAAA